AAACAGACGGAAGCUCCAUUGGGCCACAUUAAGUUGGUGCGAAGGUUCCCGACGCGACGAAGGCAAGAAGCAGAGAAACUGACCUGGGGAUGGACGUGCGGGGUGCGCUGGUGUUGGAUGAAGCCUCGACGGGCCAAAACCACUGAGGCUUCAAAGUCUGGAUGCGCCGGCAUUUGAGGAGGAGGCGGGGCUGGGAAAGCAGGGAGGCCAUGGCGCGCGGGGCACUGUGGGACACUGUGGGACACGUGGGGCGGGACGGAAGCCCGGGUGGGUCAGACCGUAGCGACGCGGGAAGUCCGGACGCAGUAGCUGCCCGAAACAGAGGCGAGGGGGAGGCUCAGCGCCGGCGGCGGCAAUGGCGGAAAGGCCGGAGGACCUAAACCUGCCCAACGCUGUCAUCACCAGGAUCAUCAAGGAGGCGCUCCCGGACGGUGUCAACAUCUCUAAGGAGGCCCGGAGCGCCAUCUCUCGCGCCGCCAGCGUCUUCGUGCUGUACGCCACAUCCUGUGCCAACAACUUUGCAAUGAAAGGAAAGCGCAAGACCCUGAAUGCCAGUGAUGUGCUGUCAGCCAUGGAAGAGAUGGAGUUCCAGCGGUUCGUUACCCCAUUAAAAGAAGCUCUAGAAGCAUAUAGGCGGGAGCAGAAAGGCAAGAAGGAGGCCUCAGAGCAAAAGAAGAAAGACAAAGACAAAAAAACAGACUCUGAAGAACAAGACAAGAGCCGGGAUGAGGACAAUGAUGAAGACGAAGAAAGACUGGAAGAAGAAGAACAGAAUGAAGAGGAGGAAGUAGACAACUGAAUAGGGCGGGAGACUGUGGCACCUCGGAAGGUACCACUUGAGAUGUGAUGUGCUACAUGUUUCUAUGAAGCUUUUCCAUGUGAGGCAGAGCAGUCUCAGGCCGAAGGGCCUGAAAAGAUUCAGAAUAAAAACUGGCUAGAAAUACCAUAAAAACCAGCACUUCCCAAACUCAGAGCAUCUGAGUAGCAGAGCCCUGUUUUGCUUUAUCAAUCUGAAGGUUAUGACUUUUUGACAAGAGGGAUUCUGAACAGCUAAAUGAAUCCGUUUGAUCACUUUCGGUUACUUAUAUGUAUGGUUAGGUGGUUUUUGAUCCACAGUCUUCCUCAUUGCCCCACGUAAGUUAAUAACUUCCAUGCUGCCUGCUGCAUUUCAGAUUACAGAGGCAGCCAAGGCUCAGGAAAAAUUGGGGCUUUGCUUAUGGUCAGCCUGUGUUUGAUUGCACAGUCUUUGACAAUAAUAGCUUACUAAGACUGGUCAGAAUUUGUAAGCUUUAGGAAACCACUAGAAUGCUGUGGAAGAAUAACAAAAUCUGUUCUGUCUCUUCACUUGACUGAAGCAUUAACUGAAGUUUGUUUUUCAUAGACGCACUUGGCUCAAAACCUUUCUGUAUUGCCUGUAGAUGUUCGACCUGCUGGGUGGUGGUAAUCUGGUCACAAAUGUUCUUAACUUUGCACUAUAGAAUGGUAUUAGUCAAGCCAGGGUGCCAGUGUCUUACUUUUACAAAAACAGAUGGCGUAGUGUUAGAUGUUCCUUCUAUCGGCUACUGUACAGCUUUACGAUUUGUCAUCACCUCCUGGAAGGUGUAAAACCCCAGGCUUCCUCUUCUUGUAGUCCAUCUCCCAGACUUGUGACUGUGGCUUUUCAUUCUUCAAUUCAUGAUGAGUUCCAAACUAUUGCCUCUCGUCACAGCUUUCUCCCUCUGUGCCUCCUGUUUCCUUUCUGUCUUCUGCUUCUCCUCUGCUCCCCAUCCCACUUUCUCCUUUCCCUCCUUUUCUCACUUCUGUCAGUCUAGGAGCUUUGAUUACCUGCUUAAUACUCCAAAGUGUGAGUUCCUCUGAUCUUUUGAUUACUUAGUUCUAAUCUCAUGGUUGUUUUGUUUUGUUUAAGAGAUGGGGUCUCAUUCUGUGGCCCAGGCUGGAGUGCAGUGGCAUGAUCAUAGCUCACUGCAUCCUUGAACUCCUGGGUUCGAGUGAUCCUCCCCACUGAGCCUCCUGAGUAUCUGGGCCUACAGAUGUGUGCCACCAAGCCCGGCUAAUUUCGUCUCAUGUCUUCUAAAAAUUACCUUGUGAUUGUGAAGCCCCUCGAAACCUUAAGGGAAAUCUAAUGGUGCUCAGGAAUCUAACUCUCCCUAAACCGCCCUCUUCAACUGCUUCCAGAAUCUCUCUGUUUGUUGGCCUUUCUUAGCCUUUUUCUGUUUCCAGUCAGUGCUCCAAGCACUUUUCCUUUCUCUCUAAGUUGAGCGCUUGGGGUUUGACAGGUAGUGACGUGUAGUUUGACACUGUUAACUUGCUAAAUAAAUGCAGUGGAAAGUUUGUGAGUGAAGAAUGCUGAGAAGAUUGUAAUGCUUUGUACAAAUAAAGAACACUCUUGUU